GGACAGCGACGAUGAGGAUGAGGUUGUGCACGUGGACAGAGAUCACUUCAUGGAUGAGUUCUUCGAGCAGGUGGAGGAGAUCCGCGGCUGCAUUGAGAAGCUGUCGGAGGACGUGGAGCAGGUGAAGAAGCAGCACAGUGCGAUCCUGGCGGCCCCAAACCCUGAUGAGAAGACGAAGCAGGAGCUCGAGGACCUCACAGCUGACAUCAAGAAGACAGCGAACAAAGUGCGAUCCAAGUUGAAAGCCAUUGAGCAGAGCAUUGAGCAGGAGGAAGGACUGAACCGCUCAUCAGCUGACCUGCGCAUCCGCAAGACACAGCAUUCCACCCUGUCCCGGAAGUUCGUGGAGGUCAUGACCGAGUACAACGCGACUCAGUCCAAGUACCGCGACCGCUGCAAGGACAGGAUCCAGCGGCAGCUGGAGAUCACCGGCCGCACGACCACCAAUGAGGAGCUGGAGGACAUGCUGGAGAGCGGCAAGCUGGCUAUCUUCACCGAUGACAUCAAGAUGGACUCUCAGAUGACCAAACAGGCCCUGAAUGAGAUCGAGACUCGGCACAAUGAGAUCAUCAAACUGGAGAGCAGCAUCCGGGAGCUGCACGACAUGUUCGUGGACAUGGCAAUGCUGGUGGAGAGCCAGGGUGAGAUGAUCGAUCGCAUUGAGUACAAUGUGGAGCACUCAGUGGACUAUGUGGAACGAGCCGUGUCCGACACCAAGAAAGCCGUCAAGUACCAGAGCAAGGCCCGAAGGAAGAAGAUCAUGAUCAUCAUCUGCUGUGUGGUGCUGGGGGUGGUCUUGGCCUCUUCCAUUGGGGGCACCUUGGGGUUAUAGGGCCGCCCCAUAAGCCCCAUCCCUCUCCAUCCUCCUCCAUUCAUGAGACUCAAUGAAGAGACAGAGAUCCCGGAGCCGACCAAUCGCAGCGGUUCCUUGGGCUCCGCGCAUCCAA